AUGGAUUCUGCAUCUGUGAUUUACACCCCCCAGGAUGUUGCCAACCGCCUACGUGACAAACUGUCGCCAGUUUUUCAAGCUCGUGGGAUCGAAUUGAGUGUGGAGAUUGUGGGAACAGUUCGGCAGUGGACUGAGAUUGUCCCUGAUGCAGUGACCUUCAAAAACGCAUAUCGUGUUCGCAAGCUUGAUGAUGAAGACCUUGAGAAAGAGCAAACUCCUGUUCCACAUUCUUUUAUCUUCACCAAACGAUCCAGUUUGCCAAAUUGUGGUCACGGAUUGAACCUCGCAGAACGUGCGCCUGUGGCAAUGCGAUCUCGAGAUGAGGUUACUGCCAGGGAGGACCUUUUUUGUUUGAAGAAGGAGAUGUCUUCGACUGAACUUUCACAGGAUCCAUUGCUUGUUUGGCCAGCGAGCCUUCACAGGCAAUCAGAAAGGUUCCUUCAGAUUGCAAAUGAAACAGACAAGGUCCAAGUCUCCACCUUGGACAAUGAGAGAAAGAAUGACAUCCGGAGGUUGGCAAAUGCGCUGCAACGAGACUUCCCUCAUAUGGAUAGGGCCAUCAGAUGGUACAAAUCUCUUUUGGGGGAUGAAAGACCUGCAGAGCCUUACACCCAGCUUACCUUUCUGAGGAACAUUGCUUUUCAAGCCCAUUUCGGAGAAUUUCUUCAGCACGGGUACCGCAGUGGCAUGGGAUCAGUAGAGACCAAAUUUGAUCAUGGAUUUGGAACGCGUGAGAUCGCACCUUUUUCUGUCAAAUUUGUGGAUGGGCAAGCAAAAGUGCUCAUCAUGCUCAGCAUUGUGGCCUACUGUGUGGAACUGGAGUUUGGUGAGCAGGAACUCAAAGACCCAAUGCUGGCCAAGGUCUUGAACUCGUUCCGAUCCAUCAAGUGCAGCUUUGAGUUCUACGAGAAUGCAGCGCAUCAUUUUUUGCACAGCUUGAAAACGGGCUAUGUGACAGCAGAGAAGCUUACGCCAAGUCCAAUUACAAUUUGUGCUGACAUCAAGCAAGCCAUCGCACUGGAGCGUCGCAACGGAGGAGCAAAGCUUCCCCUCAAGGAUGUCUUGGCCAAAGUCAUUGCCCAGUACAACAGGAUGGUGACCAUUAAGCGCCAUCGGAUUGAAAGUGGUCGCCGUGCUCUCAUCUACAACUUGCUUCGGGGCCCAGCUGAUCUAAUGGCUCUCCUGCACAAGCACUAUGAUGAUUUCCGGCAUGAAUCUUCAGGAGUGCCGCAUGAGGUUUUGUCUCUUGACUUCUGGGUGCCCGGUGUAUCCUCGCGAGCAGAACUGGAACGGUUCCGUGGGAAGAAGCUCUUUCAAACGAUCCUGGCAACGACUGAGCUCACUUGCAUGACAUACUUCGCAAGGGCAACCGUUGACUUUGCAAAGAAAGUGGCCAAAGAAGCUACAACCAAAGCAAAGAAGCUAUGCCAACUGACCGAAGAGCAACACGCUGCCUUGCAUGACAUAUCGUGCUUGUGGCUGUGGCUGCGGAAGCAAAUGGAAACUGAAUUUCCUGGCGAUGUUAUUUCUCGUCACGAUGAGCUCUUUGCGAAUGGGCAUCUGGACAAUGAUCUUCAUGCCAUUAUGAAGAGCGGCGAGGAGUUUCAGUGGGACCGGGUGCCAUUUGUGCUGGAAGCCACUGGCAAGACUAUGGACUCGUACAUGUCUGAGCAUCAAGACCGCAGUCGCAACGCGUUGCAAAAGGCAGCAGAGGCAUCCUUCCUAGCAUGGUGUGAAGAACUCAAGGCCGAUCAAGCUCAAUUUCUUUCUGAGAAAAUUUUGUGUCUUGGCUGCGCGAUUUGCAACACAUAUUAUAGAAAACUUUUACAUCCAACGGUUUUUGAGAGAAGUUAUGCCAAGAUCACCCAAAAUAAGUGA